GCGCCGCUCCGCCGCUGCCCGGGCUGUGGCCGCGGCCGUGGCCCGGCGGGCUGCGGCGGGCAGCAUGCGGCAGUCCCUGACUCAGCAGCGGCCGGGCGGCAUCGCCCUGCCCGACUCCGUGGGGUCAUUCAAUAGAAGAAAAAGAAAUUCCCUCUACGUAACUGUGACUCUCCUCAUUGUGUCAGUAUUAAUUCUAACGGUGGGCCUAGCUGCUACAACAAGAACCCAAAAUGUGACUGUUGGAGGUUAUUACCCAGGGGUUAUUCUUGGUUUUGGGUCAUUCCUUGGAAUAAUUGGAUCAAACUUGAUAGAAAACAAAAGGCAAAUGCUGGUUGCAUCGAUCGUCUUCAUCAGCUUUGGCGUCAUUGCUGCAUUCUGCUGUGCCAUAGUAGAUGGUGUCUUUGCUGCCAGACACAUAGACCUGCGGCCACUGUAUGCAGGACGAUGCCAAUACUACUCCAAGAGCACCACACCACCAGAGGCAGUCUGUCACCCACAACGUCGUGCACCUUGCACACCGAAAAUAAAAACCAACACCUGCUUCUGCUGCGACCUGUACAACUGUGGAAACAGAGUAGAGAUUUCUGGAGGAUACUAUGAAUACAUUGAUGUCAGCAGCUGCCAAGACAUCAUCCAUCUUUACCACUUACUUUGGUCAGCAACAAUUUUGAACAUAGUGGGGCUAUUCCUGGGGAUCAUUACAGCAGCAAUACUUGGAGGUUUUAAAGACAUGACACCUUCCCUGCCUACGCUGAACUGCACGGUUGAAAAUGCACAUCCUACAGUGUCCUAUUACUCAAGGCCACAGGUGACAUCUUACAACACCUACUACCACAGCACUCCUCACCUGCCUCCCUACUCUGCAUAUGACUUUCAGCAUUCCAGUGUGUUCCCAGCCUCCACUCCCUCCGGCCUCUCGGACGACCCGCAGUCAGUGUCACCAUCUCCCAGCUACAUGUGGUCCUCCAACGCUCCUCCUCGGUACUCGCCACCGUAUUUUCCACCUUUUGAAAAGCCACCACCUUAUACACCGUAAAGAACGAGGGGAAAGAAGAGCGAAAUACUUGCCGUUGAAAUGAUUGUGAACAUUUUGUGUUUGUAUCUUGCUGUGGGAGGAAGGGGGGAGUAGAUACAGAAGAUAAUUGCAAACAUGAAUACUUGAUUGGACAAUUCGUUCUUGCGAGACUUAUUUCAGAGGUUUAACAGUGGGGUGUGAGGAAGGGGACAUACUGCUCAUGUUUUGCAGGGGACCUAAAUUCCAACCUCCUCAUUUUACAGCGAGGCUCAUGGAGUCCUUGGUUUUUAAUAAAGUGCAGACGAUAGAUUCUGGUCUGCCUUAGUCCAUCUUGAGCCAAGCUGAAGUAAGGGUAGCCAAGAUCCACAGCUGCCCAGGGGUAUCAUUCUGCUCGAGGUGAGGGUGCAUGCAGACAGCUCAACCUGAUGCUUGUUUUGUUUGGCCUUUGGCCACCACUUUUGGGGGAUUUUGUGGGGCUGCAGAGCUUGGCUCGUGUCACUUGGUUACAGUCUAUGGGAUGGAAACCCUAGUGAGGAGCCGGGAUGUCUUUAAUAGAGGUAACUUCAUAGGGUGUUUUCUUAGGUGUCUAGCAGAACAGUGGGAAUCUUUAUUUAUUUAUUUAUUAGGGAAAAAGCUUUAAUAAGCUCUAUUAGCUGAUUUAUUUGAGGACAUUUCUUAAGAUAGAAGGUGAAAUGCAGUUGUCUGUCUUCCAAAUUCUAUGUCAUGAUGCCGAAGUCAAACCGCCUGGGUGGCUGCACUGCCUGCAUCUUCAGAAACUGCCCGCAAGUCAUUGAAACAAUGCAGUGGAAACACUUUCCUUUUGCUUGGUUAGGAUUUUGUUUUAAGCUUGUAAUUUUAACGGGUUGAAUCAGCACCUUGAAUAAGCAGUGUCUUAGUAGCUGUGUUAUGGGCCGCACAUAUGGAAUUUCCACGAGUAGUUCUCCAAGAUGUAAGUCUCACAUGGAUAAAAUUCAACACCGUGUAAUAUAGGAUGAAGCUGAUAGGAAUUUGCAAUUAUCGUUGUGACUUUCAUUUAAUCUUCAGCUGAUGACUGUGCUGAUGGAUCUAGAUUCCAACAGAUUUUGCAUGCGUCCUGCAUUACAAAAGAAGGUCAGCUUUGUUACGUGACACAGCGUCCUGUAAAGUGUGGUUUUACUCCAAUAAGUGACCUCAGAUGAUGGCUUUUAGAUCUGAGCUGCUCAGCCUGAGCAUUCCCAACUGCUUGCUUCAGAGAGGAAAAAGUGAGGUAUUGACAUUUUAUUCCUUAUUUCCUAAAAAUGGACUUUGCAUCAGAUUGCUGGCCCUAAUUCCAAACUGCCUACAUUUACAUUCAGCUCUGGUGCAGACAGGAAGAUACCCAGCAGCUCAAUCUGGCAUGCAGAAUAUAAAACUGGUCCACGUGCCAGGGGAAAAAUCCACGGUUACGUAUUAAGCUGUGGCCUCUCUCUACUUUUCAUCUAAAAGAAAGUGAAAUGCUGUCAAAAUGGACAAUGGACGCUCAAGUCCCUGAUCUCACUUUUCAAGGUACACCACACUUUAUAAUGCUGUUUUCAAUACUGUGCAUUUGCAAAGCCCGUAGGCUAGGCUGUGUGUUAACCUUCUCAUUCCACUGCCCACUGCUAGGGAUUGAUCAGUAUGUCAGCCAGCUCAAGGAGGGCACUGCUUCUCCAGAAACAAACGUAGCUUUUUCUCCAGCAACAAGUGAAAAGAGAAGCUGGGGAAAGGAGUACAGUCACAGGAUUUGAAGCACUGGUGUGUGCAGAACACAUCCUGCUGGCAUUCUGUUUUACUGCGGAUGGUUCAAGCGCAGCUCUUGGAAAUCUGCAUACUGAAAACAACAUAUUAGGGUCUCAUCCAUUUUAUAUUGCAUUUUUCUGAAUGAAAUCUUGUUCAAGAGAUUGUGUGCGAUUUCACAUCUACCCACAAACCUGGCAUUUGAAAAGGCCACGCUCACUUAAAUCAGAAAAUUCGGUAUUGCUGCACCUCUGAAAUGGGAGAUCCCAGCCCUGUCCCAGCACCAACACACACGACACCAUUUGUGCCUGUCUACUGAGCAGGGCUCGGGGGGCCGGGGCAGCGCAGGGCAGGGCAGAGGCAGGUCUGGAGGUAACAGAACCCAGAGGCAGAGAAACAAUAAGGAAACAAUUGUGUCAUCAGGUUUGAUUUGACAAGAAACACUGAAAUUAGGAAAUUAUCGAUCCGAAUUCUUGUUUUCUAAGGCAUAUUUAAGCAAAAAGUACAUUGCUGCUUUAAAUUCACUGUAAUACGAUGAGGCCGUUGUCACAUUUCAAAAAUUACCUGUUUGAUUUUUCUGUUGAAUUAAUGUUUCCUUCCGCUCAAGUAAAAUAAGUGUUUCAUGUGAAUGCAACCUUCUGCACUGUGGUCAUCAUUCUUACAGGAAUGUAGAACUGUGAACCAUCUGUACCCUUUUAUUACUUUACCAAGGUCAAAUAAACUGGUGUGACUUUUGUAAGCGUUCAUAAGCUGCAUUUUGUGUUUCAGCAAGUUUUGUGUUUCAGCAUUCAUCAAGGAAUUUGGCGUAACUGCACCUCUUUAACAACAAACUGUAUUUGCUGUAUUGGGAAACUGGUGGUUCCACCACAGUGUUGAUGUUUUUUCUUUAAUUCUCUUAAGCCCCAGGUCCUCCUCCAGCUUCACUGUUUAGCAGCCCUGCUCAAAGAAGAAAGCAAAGCAUUCCCCCCCAGAUGCAACCAGUGGGGCAUGCGCUGCUGCUCGGAUGGAGCGGAGCAGUGCUAUGAAGUGCUGCUCCUCCGCCGUGUUGAGGAGCUCAUCUGUCACUGAAAGGAAGCAUGCUGCACAUCUCUAGAAUUAAACUUUUUAUUUUUGCCAUAGAAAGCUCUAAGAACUAAUAUCAAGUAUUGAUUAAUGAAAAGUAGAACUUUAAAAAGUACGUUAAAGAAAGGCUGUACAAGUAUAUACAUUCCAGACGUGGCAAAAGUUAGCAGUGUUUCACAUGGAACAGUUCAUAGGUAACAGCUGUCGAACUCAAUGCUCUGUGUAGCUGUUCUGCAUCUUCCUAAGCUGCAUGCCUUAACGGGACAAAAUAAAUGAGCAGCCGGUUUUUUUAA